AUAUUUAUACUGGCUGUGUUGUUCUGAAGAGAUCAGGAAAACGAAACUGAAACAGAGAAAGAGAGAAAUACAUAAAUGAAGAAGAUGGAUCAGAUCUGGGUAUUUGCGUUUGGAAUAUUGGCCGUACUUCUCUCAUCCGCCGUAGCAGACGACGUCGUUGUGCUCUCCGAGGAUAACUUCGAGAAGGAGGUUGGUCAGGACAGAGGAGCUCUCGUCGAGUUCUACGCUCCUUGGUGUGGCCACUGUAAGAAGCUCGCUCCAGAGUAUGAAAAGCUCGGGACGACCUUCAAGAAGUCAAAAUCGGUUUUGAUCGGAAAGGUGGAUUGUGACGAGCAUAAAAGCUUGUGCAGCAAAUAUGGGGUUUCGGGCUACCCAACAAUCCAAUGGUUUGCCAAAGGGUCUUUGGAACCUAAAAAGUAUGAAGGACCGCGGACUGCAGAAUCACUUGCCGAGUUUGUGAACACAGAAGGGGGAACGAAUAUCAAGAUAGCUACAGUUCCAUCCAGCGUAGUAGAGCUAACAGCUUACAAUUUUGAUGAAGUUGUCUUGGACGAAACCAAAGAUGUUUUGGUUGAGUUUUAUGCACCAUGGUGCGGCCACUGCAAAAACCUUGCUCCCACCUACGAAAAGGUAGCGACUGCUUUUAAGUUGGAGGAGGAUGUAGUGAUUGCAAAUCUAGAUGCUGAUAAAUACAAAGAUCCAGCUGAAAAAUACGAUGUUAGUGGGUUUCCUACAUUAAAAUUCUUCCCAAAGAACAACAAAGGUGGUGAAGAAUAUGAAGGUGGCAGAGAUUUGGAAGACUUUGUGAACUUUAUCAAUGAAAAAUCUGGCACCAAUCGCGAUGGAAAAGGACAGCUUACAUCGAAGGCUGGCAUAGUUUCAAGUUUGGAUGCGUUGGUGAAGGAGUUUGUUGCUGCCAGCGAUGAAGAGAAGAAGGUAGUGUUUUCAAAGAUAGAAGAUGAAGUUGAGAAGCUAAAAGAUUCCACGGCAAGGUACGGAAAGAUCUAUUUAAAAGUUGCUAAGAACUGUUUAGAGAAAGGUGCUGGUUACGCAAAGAAAGAAAUUGAGCGGCUUGAGCGCAUGCUUGAGAAGUCAAUCAGCCCAGCUAAGGCAGAUGAAUUCACCCUCAAGAAGAACACUCUUUCUUUGUUUGUCUGAUCCUACAUCAAGUAUCAUCUACUUUUGGAGGAUCAGUUUUCCCUGGAUCCCAAAUUUUUAAUAUAUUAGUUCAUCCGAGCACGGCUUUUCAAUUUUCCCAGUUGGUAGAAGGCAAACUUUAUUCCUGUGGGUAAUUAAAUAUGAAAAGCUUACAAAAACUGUAGGAGUUGAUUUUUGCUUCAGGGAUGGAAAUGACUCAAUGACAUACAUAACACGUCUUGGUUCUUAUUGUUUGUUA